AAUUGAUCACUCGAAUGAGACAAGCUUGCUGAAAUACUGUGUCCUUAACAUGCUCCUACUACGAUAAAGUGGUAAACCUUCAAAUUUUACCGGUAUAUUUCCUUUCGGAUUUCCGUUACUCCUCACAGUCCUGCUUUUAAACAAGACGAGUCAACACCCUGCUUAAGUUUCGCUCUUUUGAGGCAUUUCCCCAUUACUUUCGGCGUACAUCGUUUUAGCCGUUGUAGGCAAGGGGAGAAAAGGAAGAAAAAAAAGGGAAGAUUGUAUCAAUAAUUUCAGAAUUAUAAUAAAGAAAAAUGCCUAUUCUUGAGUUCGUCACAAACAUUUCUUCCACAUCAUUGGCGGAUGGAUUUAUGGACAGGACAGCAAAGUUUACAGCAGAGAGGCUCGGGACACCGUCAAAGGCUGUUGUCGUGAUGAUCAACCAAGCGGACAUGUUCAGAUUCAACAGCGACGAGCCGUGUAUGCUGAUCAAACUGGCAUGCGUCGACGCUUUCAACGACCAGGAGAAUAAUAGAGAGUUCAGCAAGGACUUCAUCGACUACGCUGCAGCAGAAUUCAACAUACCUGCAGAAAGAAUAAACCUCUUAAUGGAAAACCAGUCAGUAUGGCGAAUCGGUUUACCAGACGGCCGUCUCCUUGGCGACAGGAUGAAAGGCGGGAAAUAACAAUGGAAAAUCCGACCAUCAAUAACAAGAGACAGAGCGUCUUGUAUGAGAACAGAACUCUGGCCAUGAUGGCAGAUUCGAACCAAAAAAUUUUCUCGAAGAAAACUUUUUUUUAGAGAGAAAUUGAGACCUCUCAUUCCAUGAAAUAUAUGAUUAAUAAUCAUUGUUAAUUGCUGUAUUUCAUAGAUUUAUUUAUUCUGAAAAUUGAAUUACUUAUUCAUCUAUUCGAUAUAAUUAACUAGUGAUUUUUGUGGAUUCAUUUGUUUCAUUUUCUUCAUAUAUCCAAACUUAUUCGCUUUAUUUUUAUUCUUCUUCUAACUAAUUGAUCUAUAUGCACCCACAUGUAUCUUAUUUAUUCAUUUGCUCAUAGUUCAUUUGGCUCAGUGUUUCUGUAUCUAUUUGCUAUUUAUUCCUGUAUGUCCCGACUUCAUAACUGGUCCAAUGAUGCAAAAAUAUUUGCCCAUGCUGAAAAGCAAUGAUCAUCAAAUUACCCUACAAUGUGUAUAAGUGUGAAGCAUUCAUUAUUCUUUAUCUAUUCAUUUAUCUAUUCAGUCCUUUUUAUUAUGUACAUACUACCUUCAUGUAGACGCUUCGCGUUUAUGCAUGCUUAUUAUCUUUAGCACUUAAAAGCUCCUCCAAUAUUCAUAAUUGUUUUAAUAUGUCACCUUGAAAUACAUUUCGUUCAUUACCCGAACACUUCAGGACAUUGAUGGGUAUAAUAUUGGCAAUAUAGGCUUGGAAUACCUGGCUAUUAUGCCCAAGGAUGUUUUCAUCAGUAUAUAUUCUAUAAAUUGCCAGGUAUAAAACUAAUUGCUAGAUAAUAUAAUUGAAAUGGGAUUAUCGUUAUCAUUUGGUUGACUGGAGCUAUAGAUUACAUUUUCGUCGAAUUAUGUGAUGAGUGAUAUUCAGUGGAUAUAUGUCCACGGACUAUAGAUCACAUUUAUGAUUCCCGCCGAGGGGGGUAGCGGGUGGGUGAGGAGAGGGGAGGUGUGAUCAGCUUCUGCAUCACCACCCCUGGGGCCCGUCUUACAAAGAGUUACGAUUGAUCCAAUCGGUCGUAACUCUAUGGAAGUCCAUAAGUGUCAUUUUUUUCUACAGGAUAUUUGUGCAAUGUCCUUUGUAAACAAAAAGAAGCACAUGGAAUCUUCAAGAAAACAAUGAAUGCAUGAAUAUAAACCAUUAUAGCUAAAAAAUAUUUUGAACAAACAUGCAUAAUAGAUGUUGACGUUGCUGGCCGUCCAUUGUUGCGAUUGAUCAGAUCAAUCACAACUCUUUGUAAGACGUGGCCCUGAUCUUUCAUUGAUAAGAUUGAAGAUGAUGAAGAUGUGUACGAUAUGUGUUUCAUUAAUUGAAUUACAUUUUAAUGUAUUCAGUGAUCUACAAAUAAACAUGUAAAACAUUGGA